GCGCAGGCGCGCAGCCGUUGCGGAGCGAGCCGUUUGUCUCGCCAGCGGUUUCGCCGCGCGACGUUCGCGGAGGCUGCGGGCGGGCGGCUUCGGAGGCCGGCCGGGCGCUUGGCCCACCUGUGGCCGCGGCGUGCGCCUCCCGGCAGGGCGCUCGGGUCCGUGGCCAUGAACCCUGUGGUCGUGGUCCACGGCGGCGGCGCCAGCAAUAUCUCCAAGGACCGGAAAGAGCGAGUGCGCCAAGGGAUUGUCAAGGCCGCCACUGAGGGCUACGCGGUGCUCCAGGCGGGCGGCAGCGCAGUGGACGCGGUGGAAAGAGCCGUGACUGUCCUGGAAGACGACCCCGAGUUCAAUGCAGGCCACGGGUCCGUGUUGAACGUAAAUGGUGAAGUGGAGAUGGAUGCUAGCAUCAUGGAUGGCAAAGACCUGUCCACGGGAGCGGUGUCUGCAGUCCGCGGCAUCGCCAAUCCCAUCAGACUGGCACGGCUUGUCAUGGAAAAGACACCUCAUUGCUUUCUGACGCACCAGGGUGCGGCCAAGUUUGCAGCCGAGAUGGGAAUUCCAGAGAUUCCUGGAGAAAAACUGGUCACAGAGAGAAACAAGAAACACCUGGAGAAAGAGAAGCAGGAGAAAGGUGCUCAGAGGCCGGACUGUCAGAAGAACUCAGGCACCGUGGGCGCCGUCGCCUUGGACUGCAAAGGCAAUGUGGCUUACGCCACGUCCACGGGUGGCACCAUCAAUAAGAUGGUGGGCCGGGUCGGAGACUCACCGUGUGUAGGAUCUGGAGGUUAUGCUGACAAUGGCAUAGGAGCCAUCUCCACCACCGGGCACGGGGAGAGCAUCCUGAAGGUGAAUCUGGCCAGACUCACUCUCUUCCACGUAGAACAAGGGAAGACGUUAGAAGAAGCUGCUGCCCUGUCAUUGGGUUAUAUGAAGACAAGGCUCAAAGGCUUAGGGGGCCUCAUCGUGGUCAACAAAACAGGAGACUGGGCAGCCAAGUGGACGUCCACCUCCAUGCCCUGGGCAGCCGUGAAAGAUGGCCAGCUGCACUUCGGGAUUGACCUGGACGACACCAAGGUCACGGAGUUGCCCUAAGCCCUCCCCCCCGACUGCCAGAAGGUCACGCUGCACCUGCUGGCUGGGACAUAAAGUGCCGCGUCCCGGUGUGAAGGCGUAGCGUGGCGAGUUAGAUCUAGAAAUGGAAAAAUGACACAGUCUGUUGAUGGUUUUGUCAUCUUGAUCAUCAAGUAUCUGGAUGUUUGAUUGUGAGGGGAAGAGUUUCAGAGUGACAAGAGAAAUGCCGGAGUUGAGGCCAGUGGAGGUGACGAGCUCUUAUGAGCCCUCCUCCCACACAGGGCCCUGCGUGAGGGAGGGCCACCAGACCUGUCGCAGGACUGCCUCAGGGGAACCGGGAGACUCACAGCUGCAGAAGCCAUGCGUGAGACCAAGCAAGAGAGAGGGGGACACCAUGGGGACCCUGGAAAGUGAGGCAGGAGCCGCAGCACAAGGGAUCCUGAGCAACCUCUAGAAAACUCCAAACGUCACUUAGAGUCCAGGAACCUCCAGGAAGAGAAUGAAUAUCCUUCAGAACCGGA